GAAAACAAAAGUCGUCCUUGAUUGGUGGAGUUAGCAAGCCUCAGGUUCCCAUCGUAGAGAGGCAAGUUAAGCAAUGCUGUACCAGAAUGGUAAAAACCUGUUCAAAUUUCAAACCCCAUUCUUGAUUUCUCCAUCACAAUGUGCGUCCAUUCAAUAAUAUUUUAUUCAACCAAUAAUAUAAAAAGAAAAGUCAUUUGCUUCAAUGAUUUGUAUACUGAUUUCCUUUAUUAUUCUUAGUCAUCGUCCAUCUUCAAUCAAGUUAGUAGUUUCAGAGCCCCAUAAACCUCCGACCCAUCUUUCAAAUACAUGAAAUGGGAAAACUAAAAGCAAAAUUCAGCGCCACCGUGUUUGUUUUUUGCUGUUUUUUGGCCAUUGUUUCAACUAAGAAACUUGAUACUUUCAGUCGACAAUUUGGGUCUUUCGAUCAAACACAGCAUGAUAUUUUUGUGAUUGAAAAGCCUGCUACUAUCAACAACGGUGCCCUUCAGGUGACUCCAGAUUCGGCUUCGGCCGAUUUCAAUAUGUAUAACAAUUCAGGCAGAAUCCUCUACAAACAGCCCUUUAAGCUCUGGGAUGGUGAUAAUGCAUCAUCACUGAUUUUUAUUUCUGCAACAGGUUGGUGCCACAAGAAUGGGAAGCUUCUACUGGUGUAUGAUUACAUGCCCAAUGGAAGCCUGGACAAACACCUGUUUUCCGAGCCGAACAUAGAGCCACUUGGAUGGAGUCUUCGAUAUAAAAUAGUUUCUGGGGUAGCCUCAGCCUUGCACUAUCUCCAUAACGAGUACGAGCAGAGGGUAGUACAUCGGGAUCUUAAGGCUAGCAACAUCAUGCUCGACUCCAACUUUAAUUCCCGUCUAGGAGACUUUGGCCUCGCACGGGCUCUUGACAAUGGGAAGACCUCAUAUGCCGAGGCUGAGGGAGUGCUAGGCACAAUGGGAUACAUUGCACCCGAGUGUUUCCACACUGGGAAAGCCACACAACAGUCUGAUGUCUUUGCAUUUGGGGCGGUCUUGUUGGAACUGGUGUGUGGUAUACGUCCCGGAACCAAGAUUGCUGGCUUCCAACUCUUGGUUGAUUGGGUUUGGUUCUUGCAUCGUGAUAGGCGCUUACUCAAAGCUGUAGAUCCGAGAUUGGGUGACGAAUUUGUUGCAGAAGAAGCCGAGAGGCUUCUGCUGUUGGGGUUGGCAUGUUCACAUCCUACUGCUAGUGAAAGGCCUAAAACACAGGCUAUACUUCACAUAAUCUUGGGAACAGUGCCAGUGCCAAAUGUUCCACCGUUCAAGCCUCCUUUUGUGUGGCCAGCUGUUGAAUCCACAGAUAUAGAUUCGAGUUCAGUGAAUACGACAUCAAUGACAACUUCACAUUUCGGCUCAGGUUGGAGUCCACAGGAUCUGAGCAUGGAGAACUAUACUGGAUACACAGACUCCUUGGUGUAGUUUCUUUUAGAAACAAAAAGAAUCUGUUACCACUGUGCAUACUGUCCCAUUUUGUAGAGACAUUUGUUUGAUAUCAUGUUCUUUGGAGUCUGUUGUCAUCUUUUUUACUUUGAUUUGUUCGUUAAGAGAACAAAUGGAAGGAGAAAUAGUCCGUGUACAUUGAUAUUGGUGGUGUAAUACAAAGUUGACUUGAAAGACGAAUAGUCACUGGACAUUUCAUAGGAUGUUACUUGUAUUUAUUGUAAUUGAAUGUUAUACCUGCAAUGUACGUACAUGGUUGACAUGUCA